AUGAAAGUUAGUCUUUUCUUGUACUAUUUUACAAAAGCAUGUAUUAAGCAUGCAUGUACAGAUAGUUUGUAUGUAUUCGGUAAACUGCAGCUUGAUGGAAGCCUGCUUAAUUUUGUUUAUCUUGGAUCAAAGCUGGAGUGCUUCUUAGAUACCCUCUCAGUAUUGUCAUCUAGACUGAAGAAUACUGUCUUAUUCCAUUCUAUGCUAUUCCUAGGAAUACGGCGCAUAAGCUUAAAUAUUAAAUAUGUUCACUAUAGAUUUAUUUAUCUGUAUGCUUGCUGCCUUCUUCACCCCUGUGAAUAUGGCACUGCGCCCCUAUGCGCUUCUACCAAGUAUAUAUAUAUACCUGCAUCCUCCUCAGCAUGCUUGCUAAUUAACUCAAUUAUGGUUAUAUCAUGUAUACAGACUAUUUUUCUAAUGGAACAUAGUGCUCAGUUGAUGUUCUUCCUCGAAGUGAGUACCCUGCAAAUCCAGAAAUCACUCCAAUUAUAA